AUGGAAGAAAGCUUGGAGAUGGAACGAUCCAAAGCAGCUGUGCACUACGCCACUCUGUCCGUCGCUUGUUUUCUACGAGGGGAAACCAAAAUGAGAUCGGUUCCAGAAGUAAUUGAUACUUCUGGAGGGUGUGGUGCUAGCUUUGCAAUUGAGAUUGUAUCGGAACAAUUUGAGGGGAAGAGGUUACUGGAGAGGCACCGGUUGGUGAAUUCCGCUUUGGAAGAGCAGAUGAAAAAUAUCCACGCGCUUUCGAUAAAGAAAGCUGUGACCCCAGCCCAGUGGCAACAACAAGCUGAGUCGAACAAAUCUCAACCUGCUACUUAG